CUUUCCAAAACCCGUCUCUGUUAGAGUCCAUCCACGAUUUGGUGUUCUGUACUCAAAAGACACGUUAUGCGUUUCAUCUAAGUGGAAUUAUGUCGAUAUAAUCAGGAAGGAUCGUGUAGUUAUUGGCCAAGAGUAUCUGAUCUCGUUUCCUGAUUCUCAUGAAACGCCAACAUUGGUGCAUGCUUCCCACGAGUCAAUCAUAUCUGCCGGUGCAUGUUUCCCGUACACAGACGAUUCCGGCGCCAAAGUCUUGUGGGAUGUUGAAUCGGGCAGUCGACGUGUCCUUUUCGUAGAAUGCAAACUUCCGAAUGCAGCACUUGGUGAAUCAGAAGCAAUGUCAGCUUCUGCUGCUCUUCCUGGAACAUUUGUUCACGUCUUGUGUUCCAAAACCGGCCGAAAGCUAAAAACGAUAAAACUGCCCACUGAGAAAUCUGGGACGACACCUGCUGUUCAUGGAAAAGUCUAUGGAUCGAGCCACCAAUCAAAACAUUUUUCCGCCUGUCGAUUUUGCCCCACAAAUCCUAAUAAGCUGAUAUUUUUGGCUGAGGCUCCUAAAGUUAAUGCUAAUAACGAGGAAACGCCCAGCAUUCCGGAAAAAUCCCCUUUUGUUUUGAAAGAAAGUUGGGGUGAAGGGUUGAGUGGCAUCACGAGACCAGUUAUUUGUCUACUUGAUGUAGAAACGGAAGAGGUUGUUUGUGUUCAAUCCAAACUGGAGAAGCUUGCUCCCGAGUCAAUUCACUGGUCGUUUGACGAACCGCACUACACCCCAGACGGCAACGGCAUAAUUUUUGUCGCCUACGACAAUAACCCUUACCCGCUCGGAUUAAUUUACUGCCAUCAACGGGCGUCAAAGUUGCUGUAUUGGAACUUUGAAACCUCCCAGUUACAGUGUCUCAGUCGAGGUGCCCACGCGGUCUGUUGGCCGCGCUUUUCGCCCGACAACUCCAAGUUGAUUUGGUUCGAGGUACCGGCAAGUGGACCACAUGGACAGUGUUUUGAGAUGCUCGCCCACACCUGGCCUCCAUCUCAACCGACACCAGAAGUAAUUGUCCCCCUUGUCGCUCUGCCGAAAGACGAAUCCGACUUUCCGGGUCUUUAUCUUGGUGCCGGCGUCCGUGAAAGGUGUUGGACAAGUGACAGCAAGGCGGUUGUCUUGUCGACCACCUGGGGCGCAGAAACGGCUCUGGUACACAUUAACGUAGACGGGGACACACCAAAUCGGAUCACUCGUUUUCCAUCACCCUUGGAACAAGUUGAGGGUGGUGGGGGUCACGGAACGGUGUGUUUGAUGGACCUUUGUGAUGACGUACUGGUUGCCUCCGUUAGUUCGCCCUCAGUCCCUAAUUUUAUAGCUGUUGCGAAGCUUUCACACGAGAACGUUUGCAAAACAUGCUGGCUUAAUUUAAGUUUAACCGGUGAAAACCAACCAGUGGUACCUUUCGUUAAAGGACUUGCCUGGAGAGUGCUUAGUCAUUCUGCUGACAUUGCGGACGAGCGUUUCGGCGUGAAGCGUUUUGAGUCGAUUCUAAUCCACCCUACCUCAAAUUCGGCGAAUCUGCAGCUCAGCAUUGGCCCUCACCACAAUGGCGACGGUAUCGCCUGGAAGAGCACUUUGGGUCUAGUCGUUAUCCCCCACGGUGGUCCCCACUCCGUGUUCACUGCCGAGUGGUUGCCCCAGGUCGCUUCUUACGUCGGCGCCGGCUUCGCCUGCCUCCUCAUCAACUAUCGGGGUUCUACUGGCUAUGGCAACUGUAGCGUCUACUCACUUCCCGGAAAAUGCGGCACCAACGAUGUGGCGGAUUGUGUUCAAGCAACUAAGGAGGCCCUUCGUGAGUUGUCAUCACCUGACUUGCCGUGCGUUCUGCUGGGUGGUUCCCAUGGGGGCUUCCUGGUGCUGCAUUUGGCCGGUCGACACGCGGCCAUGUAUCGUGCGGUUGUGGCCAGGAACCCCGUGACUAAUCUUGUGAGCAUGCUGAGCACGUCGGACAUCCCCGAUUGGUGCUGGACGGAGGCGGGUAUCGGAGUGGACGAGACGCGUGUGGAUCCGAAACACCCUGAGAAGUUGUGCCGCGAAUGGACCUUCGACUGUGGUUUCUGCCCCACCAAACCAGAAGACCUGACUCGUCUGGCUAGCUGUUCUCCUAUCAUUCACAUUUCUUCCGCUUGGUCUGUGCCUGUGCUAAUGUGUCUUGGCGCCAAGGAUGCACGGGUGCCGAACGAGCAGGGGAUUGGCUUCAUGCGCACAUUGCGCGCGCACUUGGGACAGAAGGCGGGCGAGGCGAUGCUGCAGACCCUGCGUUUCCCCACCGAGUCACACCCACUGGAGAGUCCCGCGGCCUCUCAGGAGAACUUUGUCCGAGCACUUGAGUGGUUCUACAGCGCCCUCGGCCUCAUCCAGGAGUAA